AUGAAGAUUAAUACCAUUAGUACAUACGUGUUGGUAUACCUCUUGACAAACGGCCACUGGAAUCUCAUGGUCCCAGUCAAAGCAGAUGGAGGUUCAACAGGCGGCAGUGAUGCAGGCUCAACAGCCGGUAGUGAUGCAGGUUCAACAGCAGGUAGUGAUGUAGCCGAAGUUUCAACUUUGGGAACUGACGGUUCGUCAGCCAGCACUGAUCCCAAUGCCAAUGCCAAUCUUUCAAGCGGUACUGACGGUACUGUUGCAACACCAGCCAACGAAGCCGACGGUAGCUCAUCAGCUGAUGGAGCUUCGACUGAUGCAGAUGCCAGUCUUGCAUCUGGAUCAUCCGGUGAAUCAGCUGAUGGAGCAGCAUCGGCAGAUGCCGAUGGCAGUGUUGCUGUACCAGCUAAACCAGCUGAGGAGUCACCGUUGCUUAACGGAUUGUACCCUGACUUAUUUACAUCAGGAUUAUAUGGCCACAAAGAUUACUCAGAAACAAUUCCGGCCUUAGUAGCCCAAAGAGAAGAAGCUAAGCUUUUAGUCGAAGAUGCGAGAAAAGCAGCAGACGAACUCAUUAAUGCGGCUUUAAAAUUGUAUAAUGAAGCCCGGGAACUAUCUGCAGAAAUAGAAAAACCAGACAAUCUUGAUGAACUCUCUGCUAAAAUUGUUGCUACAACUGCCAAGGUUAACGUGGAGAUGAAACAAGCUGACAUGAUAGCCCAUGAACACGACAUGUUAUACCAUAGUGGAUUCCCUAAUGGUUGGCACGCUGAACAUGAUCCCGUGCUUGAAAAGGAUGCACUGUUAAGGAAAACCUUGAUGUAUAGAGAUAGUUUCCCUAAUCCAUGGCAUGACAUGAACUGGUCAAUGUUAGACGAAGCAAAUAAAAUCAGAGAAAAGAAGUACAAAGAAGACAAAGAAGGAAUGAAAGUCAAAAUUGACGGCAAGGAGGCCCAAAUUGUCUUGAAAGAGGAGCAAAUUGCAAGUAAAAAUACAGAAUUGUUGGUUAAAAAGGAAGAGUUAGAAGAUAAAAAUGAGGAAUUAAAUGCCAAAAAACAAGAAGUGUCUGAUAUGAAAGAACUCAUCAAAGAGCUCCAAAAGGACUUGAAAAAACUAGAGGCGGAAGCUAGAAAUAUCGCUUCAGAGCAUAGUACACUUAAUAGAGAACUCCUUGUACUUGAUCUGGAGAUGAGGAAGCUAGACGACGAACACGCAAAACUUAAUAAUGAAUUCUUAAACUUGUUGGAGGAUGAUCGCAAGAUCGUAAAAGAGUUUUAUGAUACGACAGGAAGUAUAGGCCAUUUACACGACAAACAUGGAAAAGACAGAUAUGGAUUAUACAGUGAGACCGAUCGUCCUGUUGAUACUAGAGACACAUUUACACCGUAUAAUGUCGAUGUGCAGGGAUUGAAACACUACGAUCCAACUAUUCCAACCGAAGUUACAAAAGCAUACUUAGGUGAUUUAUAUCCUGACAUGGGCGGAAGCCUUGUAAUUGUUAAAAAACCAAAAGAGCUUGAAGUACAUAAGGAUGUCAAAUUUAAUCCUGUUGACAAUUUUUCGGAAUAUCCAGCAAUUAUAGGUAGGGGACAUGAGGCAAAGGCAUCGGAAAGUAGUGAAGUUGGUAAUGAUAAAACUAAAGUCGCAGCCCCUGCUCCUGAAGGUUCGGUUGCACCUCCUGCCGUACCAGUUUCUGGAUCCACUGAAGCUAAACCUGUGGAAGAAUCAGCUGAAGCCAAGGCCCCUGAAGAUGGAGCCAAGGUGGAAGAGGCAGCUCCUGUCUCUACGGCUGCUCCCGCCCAUACAGCUGGUCAUGCCGCUGUUCCUGGAGCCAAGACUGAGGCUCAGGCAGCUCCAGCACAUACAGCUGGUCAUGCCGCCGUUCCUGAAGCCAAGGCCGAGGCUCAGGCAGCUCCAACUGGUGUUAAAUUCUACAAGACAGGUUCAGAUGGUUCCAUGGUUGAAAUGGUUGAAAACACCGAUUUUGAAAAGAAAAACACUGUAGGUGAUGAUAGAUUUGAUUUUAAAACCAAUGCCAAGUGCGAAAAGAUAACAUUUGAUGGUCAAGAUGUAUGGAAGAAGGGAGAUCAGGAUGUUAAUGAGCCUAGGUCUGUAACUUAUAGAGACUCAUUGAAGGUAGUUGUUGUACGUGACAAUAAUUGGACCGUGAAUUACAAAAAGGAUAACAGAGAGGGUGUUUGGAAGUUAGAAAGUAAGACACAAAGAGCUGCAAGAACUGGAUCAGCCAAAACUGGAUCAACCCCCUCCACUAGAACUGGACUAGCAUCACCAGGAAUGGCUAGAGCUGCAGGCGGAUCAACUACGAACCUCGCAAGCAGUAGAGAUAAACUCGGGGGAUCAGUGACAAACCUUGAUACAGCUUCAACAACAGGAUCCGACGAAGGUAAGUCUACCGGAUCAUCGGACGUUGCUAAUCUUAAAGAAGUUGAAGAUGAUACACAUGUCUCAGGUUCAUCUGGUUUAGCCGGAGCAACCACCUUAAGAGGCACAGGAACAGCAGCAGGAAAAACAGCACAUUAG